AAAGCUUUUAUGUCAUGGACUUCCAACUCGAUAAUUUCGUGAGUUCAAAAACGGCCAUUCAGAUUCAGCCGCCGUGCUCACAGUCACUCUAUCCAGACCAUGCUCCGUCAGAAGCCCUACCUCACAAACUAGUCUUAUAUGUCUCAGGAUCCUACGGAGGCAGGCUCAUCCCAGGCACCACACCUUCGCGUAGAACCUGCUACCAGCUCUGGCGUCUUCUCCACCUACGUCUCGAUCUUUCAUGAACAUCUUACACAUACCCAGUUGCACCUACUCGGUAACGACCAUGACGAAACAGCACUCGAACCCUCUCAAAUCCAGCCGACCUUCUGGACUUCCGAGGAAAAGGCACUCUUUUUCCAUGGUCUUGCUGUACAUUCGCGGUUACGCCCGGACUUGAUAGCUGAAGAUAUUGGGACGAAGAACAUUGUUGAUGUCUGUGCUUAUCUCGGACUACUUGAAGAAGGGUCUGCCGAACUCGAGGAGCAAGAGCAGGAAGACGAAGAUCGAGAAAAACGCAUAGCUCGGAGAACGCAGAUUCCUGCUGCAUAUGAAAUGUCAGACCGGUGGUGUGCUCUAGAAGACAAAUUUGUUUCUUCGAUUGUAACAGCAGAACCACAACUUUGCGCAGAGACUCGUGCUGUCACCAGGGAACUGGAAGUUGCGCUUGCACGCAAAUCGAUGCAGUCGCAGAAGGACCCAGAGUCAAUCAAGCAAUUCGAUAGUUGGUUGCACGAUCGGCAGGAAGAUUGGAAACGAGAAGAUUGGGAACUUGAUGCUGGCACUCUUAGGUUGGUGGAUAGGGCGCUGCUUAGAUCAAAGGGCAAGAAUGCGCGAGUGACUGAAGAGCUAUCUGAGGACGAGGACGAGUAUAUGGAUGACGUACAGCCUACCACGGAAACGAAUACAGCUGCAGCCACCGGAGAACCAAGUCCAGAACAAAGUGCCCCUGCCCCCAGCACCACGUCCUCAACUAUCAUAGGUUCUGGAUCACCGGAAGCAGGACCUUCCCAUGUUCCUUUCGAUGAUAGCUUAAUAGAUCCAGUGCUCCUUGCGGAGACACCACCUUCCCCUCCUAUUCGUACCCAAGACAAAACUGCGAGCCCGUCUCACAAGCACCUCGCUCCUUCUGAACCAUCAACUCCUGCGAUAAGUGGUCAAGUCCAAGAUGGCGGUGAUGGGACUUUGGGGGAUGAGGAAGACGCAGAAGGGUGGGAAACACAAACCGCACGUUCACAAGCGUCAACUCGUGCACGCACAAAGAAGGAUCUCUCAAAAGAAGAGCGUCAGCAUCUUGGGGACCUAGGCUUCCAAUACGAUGACGCGAUUGAAGAAGGACUGCAUCUGUUUCACCUAGGCAGGCUGGCCAAACUGAUGAGCAUAUAUCGUGGGUUGCACGAUGUUCCUGAUGAUGUCGUCUCGACCAUAUCGUUUCCCGCUAUGAAAGAGCUGGCAGCCUUACUGAAGGACUUUACAUAUCACUUGGUCAAGUUGACACUUGCAUCCAGGCGCCGCGAGAGGAUGUUCAAGCAAGGUGCCAGGGCUUGGAAACAUAGUCAAAAACCAAUCGUUUCAAUCCGGAAUGUCCAACAUGCCAUCGCUCUGAUGGGCGUCAACAGCUCUGCUCACAGGAAGCGAUUGAGGAAUCUUUUGGAACUUUAUUCCAGGCAAAGCGCAUCGGAGAUAGUUGGCACUUCUCCCGCUCAGUCAACGCCGCUUCAAAAGACUCAGGAACGCGAGACUUCGCAGGACAAAACUAUUGAUAGUCGCCAUUCAGAAGAGGUUUUACUUCCCCCCGAUGUUGAUGUGGCUUAUAAGAAAUAUGCUGAGGUGCGAUCUGCUGCGCAGUGGCGAACACAGAACCUCAGUAUGCAGCGGGCUAUUAGGCCACCCACAGUUUGGCUUCCUCUAUCGUUGCGUCCAUCCCAUACGGUGGACUUCUAUCAGUAUAGUCAUCCUGAUCGCCCGUCGUCCCCAACCCUGCCAAUGCCUUGGUCAGAACACCCACCCCACCCAUUGUCGGAAGAGGAUUUGAUGUCGGCAGAAACGGAUACCGAUGACUUGAAGGAAGAAUUAGAAGACGAACUCGAGGUUGAGGAAUACGACAUGGACACCGCAGAAACACACGAAGCAGACGUUCGGGAGAGGUUCAGCGUUUCUUUCCAGCCUCAGCCGAAUAUCAUACCUCGCAAAAACAAACGCAAACAGGGUCCCGUCGAUCCAAUCCCUGAACCCUCGACCAAGGAGACUGUUCGGACGAAGGGCCGUCCUGCUCCCACACGCCGGAACGCAUCUCGGAAGAAAUACAAGAGUCGUGAGAUUAUCAGUGACAGCGACUAAGAAUGUUCGGUGUGUCUUAAGUUAUGGUGCUACUGUACGUUGGAUCUUUAUCUCCGCUAUUGAGCAGCUUUUUGUAGGCACCUUCGAGGUAGCUUUAUAUUGUAGAAUAAUACCCAUAACUUAGCAUACACUAUUUACUGGCAAAGACUACACCAUAUACUCAUUUGAAACC